CCCCCCUCCCUGCCCUUUGCCCUAGAUAUUGGUUCUUUCCCAGAACCCCCCGGGGUGGGGCCCCAUCUCUGCCCCGGCCUCGAAUUCCUGCUUGGAAAACUCAGGGGCAGCGACAGGACUUUCGACGAUGCCUGACCCGGCGGCGGCGGGCGUGGUGCCGCGGGUGGGUUCGGUCCGGGCCGCUGGCCUCCUGUGAUCGCCAAGGCGAGCGUGCACAGGUGCAGCCAUGUCUGUGAUGGUGGUAAGGAAGAAGGUGACGCGGAAAUGGGAGAAGCUACCGGGCAGGAACACCUUCUGCUGCGACGGGCGAGUCAUGAUGGCCCGGCAGAAGGGCAUCUUCUAUCUCACGCUCUUCCUCAUCCUGGGGACGUGCGCUCUCUUCUUUGCCUUUGAGUGCCGCUACCUGGCGGUUCAGCUGUCGCCCGCCAUCCCCGUCUUCGCCGCCGUCCUCUUCCUGUUCUCCAUGGCUACGUUACUGCGGACGAGCUUCAGCGACCCCGGGGUCAUCCCUCGGGCCCUGCCCGACGAAGCCGCCUUCAUCGAAAUGGAGAUAGAGGCAACGAAUGGAACGGUGCCCCAGGGCCAGCGCCCACCCCCUCGCAUUAAAAACUUCCAGAUCAACAACCAGAUAGUGAAGCUCAAGUACUGUUACACCUGCAAGAUCUUCCGGCCCCCGCGGGCCUCCCACUGUAGCAUCUGUGACAACUGUGUGGAGCGCUUCGACCAUCACUGUCCCUGGGUUGGGAACUGUGUAGGAAAGAGGAAUUAUCGUUACUUCUACCUCUUCAUCCUGUCUCUCUCGCUCCUCACUAUCUACGUCUUCGCCUUCAACAUCGUCUACGUGGCCCUCAAAUCCUUGAAGAUUGGCUUCUUGGCAACAUUGAAAGAAACACCAGGAACUGUUCUGGAAGUACUCAUCUGUUUCUUCACCCUCUGGUCUGUCGUGGGGUUAACUGGAUUCCAUACUUUCCUGGUGGCCCUCAACCAGACCACAAAUGAAGAUAUUAAAGGCUCCUGGGCCGGGAAGAACCGGGUGCAGAACCCAUACAGUCACGGCAAUAUUGUGAAGAACUGCUGUGAGGUGCUGUGCGGCCCUUUACCCCCCAGCGUGCUGGACAGAAGGGGCAUUUUGCCACUGGAGGAAAGCGGAACCCGACCCCCCAGUACUCAAGAAAGCAGCAGCAUUCCCCUGCCACAGACUGCAAUCCCUACAGAACCCACAAGCUCCAGUCAGCCGCCAGAGAAAGCCAAUUUUCCUGCAAAAGAGAUGCCACCCAACGGGCCGGGGAAACCACUGUUCAGCCCAGGGACUCUUCCGGAGACCGAAGAAGCCGAGAAGUAACGUCUGUUCCCAGAAGAGAACUUUUUUCGUUUAAUGAAAGUGAGGUAGGGGAGAAGACAACAGAGACGGAGGGUGAGCGAGCGGUCCCCUUUGCCAUUUUGCUUUCGUCUUUUUUCACCUGAUUCUGGACUGGAAUAUACUUGGUGCAAGCUGUUUUCCCUGGACUCGAAGCACGAACGGAAGACGUGGCUCACGCGGAGGAGCCGGACGGGACCUGGGGACCCGGGAGCGGUCCGGCCAGCGCCCCUGCUCGUCUGGUGGCCUCCGCGGGCGGUCCCUCCGGCCCCCCGGAAACGCCGGCUCUCCUGGGUUGGUCUCGCCUCUGGCACCGUUGGGGCACGUGGCAGCGGGCCUGCCCGGCUUGGCCAGCUGCGGGGGUCUGGGGAGGGGAGGGAGCUGCAUGGCUGAACCCUGACGUGAAUCCUGGCUGGCUCGGUGUGACGUAGGGUGGAUUUGGGUACACCCCCGGGAAUUUGAGAGAGCAGAGGGAGGGACGGGGUCGGGUUUGGAAGAGCCUCCGUGCCAUUUGAGUGCCAAUGAUGCCAGGUAACAAAUACCGUUCUUUGGAGGGUGGGAUCUGUCCCCCGGAUACUUGUAUUUAUUAAUGUAGCUCCCCUCUCGGCCCUCCCUCCCCGCCAACACCCUUCACACCCCUCACACCCUCAUCCACCCCAAUCCCACUCUUUUUCGAUUAGCUAGAAGUAAACAAAUGACUUUAUUGCGUAGUAGUUUAGUGAGAUAACAAUUCCCCCACUUCCUAGCCCACCUCUAUCUUUUGAUGUCUGUAUCCGUCUCAGUAAGCAAUUGUGAGAUGCCAAUGGCAAGCAGCACCACCUUCCUUUUCUAUCUCUCUCUCUCUCCCUCCCUCUCUCUCUCUGUCUCGUCUCACUUUCCUUUUCUCUUCCGUCCUUUCCCCCUCCCCGGUCUUCCUCUUUGCUCUGGUCGGGAGGAGUGACGGCCACCACAGUAGUACAACUCGGUUUGCACUUUGCGAGCACCUCUCCGAGUGCUUUUAUAAACACUAGAUCCUCACCGGGUCCGAGUGAGGAAGGAAUCGUCCCUUAUUCCCAGACGAAGAAAUCAUGGCACCGAAGAGACCGAAUCAUUUUCCCCGGUCCCAGAAGACAGGCCGGGGGCGGAGCUGGGAUGGAAACCCGGGAGCGGCUAUUUCGGGCGAUUCCGUUCUGUCCCGGGCGGCCAUACUUCCCUGCGGAGACGGGUACCCGAGUGGGUCCCGCUUAUGGAUUUCCACCCUCGGCUGACUCGGUGGCUGGGGGGAAUGCUGGGACAACCGGACCUUGGGCGCGGGAGGUAGUGAGGGGCAUUUAUUGUUUCGUGGCACUGCCUCGCCCGGGAGCUAGCUGUGCUUGGGACCUGCACUCUGUGUUUCAGGGAAGAGGACAUGUGCAUUAAAUGUGACUCUGUUUAAGAGAUAACGUGUGUUCUCCCAUCCCUUUACGAGCCACAGUCGUUGUGGAUGGUUUCAGGGUCGAGAGGGGGAAGGGGGGGUAACUGGAGUUUUUUUUUUAAUCUGUCUGAAGGUGAUUAAACUGUGUCUGAUUUAAACCUCCUGCUUCCUUCUCCUUUCCCCUUCCUCAUCAGGAGCGCUGAGGGGCCGGGGCAACUUGGAUCCUUCCCACCGCUGCCAUUCGGAGACUCGCUGUGCUCGGGAGGCGGGGAUCGGGUCUACCAACUCUGGCGUACUCUCUCUGGCACUUAGCUCGGUGCUCUUUGAACAUAGUCGGUGCUCGUAAAUAGGAUUAAUUGAAGCCCAGACCUCAACUUCAGUGGAGAGAUCAUGAGAUUUCUUUUCUGUACCGAAUUCCCAUUUCCCCUUUGCCGCGGGAAUGGAAAUAAACGGUCUUCUCGGCAGCGCACCUCUGGGGACUUUUCUAUCCUGGAGAGAAGGGAGUAGAUGGGGUUUGUUUCCUCUCACUCACUGCCUCUGAGCCCCGGGGCAGAGUUAUUGUAGAGAGCAGUCAAGAAUGGUGAAGGAUGACUAAGACCGAACCCUUAUAGGGUUUGGAAUUGCUAGUUCACAGCGGGGGGAGUGGGGGUGAUUGCAAAAGGCCAUUUUCUAGUCAGGCCUCCCCAGACUGUUCCUCUGUGGGGGUGGGAGCGAGGCUUGCCCCUCCUCCAGCUGCUCAAAGUCAGUGUCCCGGGAGGCCGGGGCUCAUGGAAUUGCAGGGAAGUUCGUUGCAUCGUUGUUCUGCUGCGAAGGAGGCAGUACUCAAUUCCAGUCCGUAAGUCUAGUCUGAAGAACCGCUUCCCUCUCACGUCGGGAAUCUCUCCCGCUUUCUUUCCCUUUACAAAUCGCUCUUUGGUGUCUGGGAUCUUGGCCAGGGGAACGAUUCCAUUCAAACCCUGAUACGAUCGCGCUAACCAGAUGAGAUAAUCUCGAGACUUUAUUAUGACCGAGAGGAGGUUGGAGAACUGAUUUCCCCCAGAGCGGGUCAAGUAUUGUUUAGCCUUUUCAAUGGCUGAUUCCUCUUUCUGGCCGACCGACGAAGGGUGGGAUCUGCCGUUGGCUGGUCCCUAAUGUGCCCCACUUCCUUAGGCAGGUGGGGUCAACUUGGGGCUGGAAUUGACCCCUAGGCACCUCGGGGACAGGAUGGGCGGGGCUGGCAAAUUCCCUUCGUAUGACAUCUGUGUGUGAGUGUGGGUGUGUAUGUGUGUUGGGGGUGUGUGGUUGCAUCGUAACCUCUCGCACCCCCCACCCCAGUGCUAAAUGUCGGGUUGGACACGACGGCCAAAUUUCCCCGCCCUUCGUCCCCCUCCCCAUACCCUCCUACCAAUCAGAUCUUCCAAUUUGUUGGAAAAAAUGUAUUUUUGUUUUAAGUAUAUUUUCUAAUUUCAUGCAAUUUAAUAUGUAGAACUCGGCACUUUUGGCGUGAGAUUACAAACGUGUGGUGGUUUUGA